UUUCAGAAAUGACCGAAUCAGUACUGGAAAAUCCAAUUUUCAUUCGAUCAUGCAUUCUCAACGAAGUUCUUCACCGCAAGCCAAUACGUGAAAGCUAUAAGAAUUUCUGCGAAAAACUAGGCGAUGACGUCAUGGAUUACAUAGAUUUUGAGUUCUGGUUUUAUCGAUUUUAUGAAGGAAAUCAUGAUUUGAAUUAUGAUCAGAAAUUGGAGCCCAAAAACUUGUCGGAUAUGCCAAUUAAAAUACUUCAGCGGAUUUUGAAUGAACUGUGUUUUCGUGACAAGAUGGUCCUUCAAAAAGUUUGCCGAAUCUUGCGAAAAGUUGUCCCGGAAAUUGAUGCGGCAGCUCACAGUGCAGUGAGUUUUCGAAUGUGCAGAGAUUGGACAUUUCUCGAAUUUUCUAAACAUGAAAUUGUAUAUCGAGAAUUCGAAGGCGGUUGCAUUGUGAAGUAUGAGGAUUAUGCAAAACCUGUCAUAGGAGGAAACCAGUUGGAAUUGGCAUUGAACGACUUCUCCAACUUUCUAAAAUGUCCGAAGCUUCAUCUUAAACAUUUCGGCGUAACAUUUUCAAGUGCUGUUGGGGAAGAAGCCCGUCAGGAGGUGAUCGAGACGGUUGGAACUUUGAAAUGGCCGAAUUUAAAAACUGUAUUUUUCAAUGGAAUCCAUCAAUCUGAAAUCAAGCCCAUGAUAACUUGCUUCAAUUCAGAGACAAUCGAGCACAUUAUUCUAGACGUUUCUCGAGAUUCAACAUCUCGACAAUUUCCCUACCAACUUGCAAAAGGCGAUUUUCCGAAGCUUAAUCACGGACCCCAUUGAAAUCGCAAGGGUCUUCGACCCAAAUCAUGAAGGUGAUGCAGUCAACAUUCUGGAAUACAAUACAACUAGUUCACGAUUCGUUAUCCAGUGCGAGGCCUAUAAGUUUGCAGUUGAGAAAAGAGAUGAUAGUGAAGAAGAUCAGCCAACACUUUAAAUAGUUUGCAAUUAUUAUUUAGGUUGUAUAAUAAAUUGUCAUGUUUUAUAUCAAUAAAAUUAUGUUUUGUAUAAA